AUGAGUCACUCAAUGGAGGCCUUUUUUGUUUUUUUUCAUCAAAAAAAGAAACCUUGGUACCAUGUAAAUAUGUGGACAGUUUCACACAAGAUUUUCAUAGGACAGUCUCCAAGGAGUAUGUUGUUGACUAACUUAAAACCGUUCUUGAAAUCUAAGUUCUCUCGUGUUCUCCAGCAAAAUAGGACUUUCAUACAGAUGAGGACCAAACUCAAAGUGGUGGACAACUCGGGGGCAAAACAAAUCAUGUGCAUACAAACUUUGAAGGGUAACAAGAAAGGAGCGAGGCUGGGGGACACAAUAGUUGCAUCAGUAAAGGAAGCUCAACCAGGUGGAAAAGUGGCUAAAGGAAAAGUUGUAUAUGCUGUUGUUGUGCGUGCCGCCAUGCAGCGGGGCCGUUGCGACGGGAGUGAGGUCAAGUUUGAUGAUAAUGCUGCAGUACUCGUCAAUAAGCAAGGUGAGCCAAUUGGAACCAGGGUAUUUGGACCUGUUCCACAUGAAUUAAGGAAGAAAAAGCAUGUCAAGAUUCUUAGUCUGGCAGAGCAUAUUGCCUGA